AUGACAAACCAGCCCUCUUCAUCCUCCCAGCCGGCGCCCGCGCCAAAGGCCCAGCAACAGCAACAACAAACUCAAAAACAACAACCCCAAAACAACGGCAGCGGUACCGGUAACAACGGCCGUCCCCAAGUCAGAACCCCAGAGCCACGCCAGUCCAAGGACCGCAUCAUCAAUGGCCACAGAGGGGACGGCUCCGACCGCUCGCCUAGCACUCCGGGCCACCUGGCGCCCUUCGACUGGGAGGAUUUCGAGGCACGAUAUGAAGAAGCGUUGGCAGAUGCUGAUCUGCAGGAACAGGAGUUGUUGAAGGAGUUUGAGGAUCUUGUCAAGUUUUUCAAUGUCUGGGCCUCAGCCGCUUCGGUCAACGACACCGAGCGCGGGGUCAAACGUCUCCAAACCAGAGAACGAUACGUCAAAAUUGCGGAACAGAGCCUGUCGCAGAAAAAGAAGCAUCUCUCCGAGGUUGUCCGCGCUUUUCAAAGUGCCCUGGCGCUCCUGAGCCAAAACUAG